AGUACGCCGUAUUCAGGCAUUAUUAAAUGAAACGGUGCGUUUUACUUGUACAAAACUAACUAUCCCAUUGGAUCACAUUCAAAAAAUACCAAACGAAAAACAAUAUUGCUCCAUCAAUGGAGCUCAACCUCUGCCUCACCAAAUUCUCUCUCCUCAAUUACCGCCAUGACCGCCAUAAUCGCCGUAAAAACUUUUUUUGCAAGCUUUCUCUCUCCUCAACCCCCUCAGACAAUCUCAAACUCUCCGAACAACUCCAAAACGAAACCCUUGAAAUUCUUGAAUGGAAUCGUCUUUGCAACCAACUAUCCCCCUUCAUUUCCACUACUAUGGGCCGGAAUUUGGUUCAAAAUUGUUCUAUUCCUAUGGGAAGGACAUUGGAGGAGAGUCGAACACUUUUAGCUCAAACUACUGCGGCUUUGAGUUUGGGCUUCCCUAGUCCAUUAGAUUUCUCCGGAAUUGAGGAUGUUUCUGGAAUUGUGAAAUUGGCGGAUUCUGGUAAUGUUUUGUCCAUUGGUGAGCUCUGUUUGGUUAGGAGAAGUUUGCGGUCGGCUAGACGGUUGUUUGAGCAGUUGAUAGAGUUUUCUGAUGAUGACGUUCGAAGGAGCUAUCCUUUGCUUGAAAUUCUUAAGGAUUGCAACUUUCUGGUUGAAUUGGAGCAGAAGAUAGAGUUUUGCGUGGAUUGUAGACUUUCAAUAGUAUUGGAUAGAGCUAGUGAUGAUUUGAAGUUUAUUAGGUUGGAAAGGAAAAAGAACAUGGAUGCUUUAGAUUCUCUUUUAAGGAGUGUUUCACAACAAGUAUUUCAGGCUGGGGGAAUCGAUCAAGCUGUUGUCACAAGUCGUAGAUCAAGGAUGUGUGUCGGUAUCAAAGCCUCUCAUAAACCUUUGCUUCCAGGUGGAGUUGUUUUAGAUGUUAGUAGUUCUGGAGCAACACUUUUCAUGGAACCUAAAGAGGCAGUGGACUUGAAUAACAUGGAAGUCUGGCUUGCAAAUUUGGAGAAGGAUGAGGAACGCACCAUAUUAAGCAUGCUUGCUUCUGAACUGGGAAAAUCAGUAGCAUAUGUGAUAGAUUUGUUGGAUAGAAUCAAAGAAGUUGAUUUAGCAGUUGCAAGAGCUGGUUAUGCUAAUUGUUUGCAUGCUGUCUGUCCUGCUUUACACUCAAUUACUGAUGUUGAUGAAUUAUUAGUAGAUAUUGAAGGAAUACAUCAUCCUUUGCUUCUUGAACCAUGUUUGGGUAACUUUAAAGAUGUAACGGGACUUGAUUCAGGAAAAAAUAUGAAUUUCAAUGGGGAAGCUGGUGUAAUGUCUAUCAAAGAGCUGCCUGAUGAAGUGCACAAGUUUCCUGUUCCAAUAGACAUUAAAAUUGGAUGCGGAACUAGUGUGGUGAUCAUUUCAGGACCAAAUGCAGGUGGAAAAACUGCUUCUAUGAAAACUCUCGGACUCGUGUCCUUGAUGUCAAAAGCUGGUCUGUAUUUGCCAGCCAAAAACGCUCCUAAGCUCCCCUGGUUUGAUUUUGUUUUCGCAGAUAUAGGAGACACCCAGUCCUUGGAACAGAGUCUCUCUACUUUUAGUGGUCACAUUUUGCGGAUUGGAAAGAUCUUGGAGGUGGCUUCAAGAACUUCACUUGUCCUGAUUGAUGAAAUUGGGAGUGGGACUGAUCCUUCUGAAGGAGUAGCACUUUCCGCUAGCAUCUUACAGUAUCUUAAAGAUAGAGUGCGUUUAGCUGUUGUGACUACCCAUUAUGCUGAUUUGAGCCGGUUAAAAGACAAAGAUGAUCGAUUUGAGAAUGCAGCUAUGGAGUUUUCCCUGGAUACUCUACAGCCUACCUUUCAGGUCUUAUGGGGAUCUUCUGGUGAAUCAAAUGCCUUGAAAAUUGCUAGGAGGAUUGGCUUUGAUGAUAAGAUUAUAGAUCGUGCAGAAAGCUGGCUUGAGAGGUUGAUGCCAGAAAAGCAGGCACAGAGAAAAGGUCAAUUAUAUCAAUCUUUGUCAGAGGAGAGAAACAGGAUGGGUGAACGGGCUCGACGAGCUGCAUCUCUUCAUUCAGAUAUAAUGGAUCUUUAUCAUGAGAUUGAAGAUGAAACACGUGAUCUUAAUUAUCGCGAGAAGGCUCUGAUUGCAAAGGAGACUCAACAAGUUGAAGAAGAACUUGAGCUCGUGAAAUCUAAAUUAGAAACUGUAGUCCAAGAGUUCGAGCAUCAAUUACGUUUUUCAGAUGUUGGUCAGUAUGGGUCUCUUGUUAAGAAGGCCGAAUUGACCAUUGGAUCUGUGGUUGAAAGUUACCGCCUUCUCUCAGAUAGUGUCUCUGAAGAUAUAGUUCUGCAUACACCUCAACCUGGUGAGCAGGUCCACGUAAAGCGUUUAGGAGGCAAGCUAGCUACUGUAGUUGAGGUGUCUGAAGAUGAUGAAACUGUUCUCAUACAAUAUGGAAAAGUUAGGUUUCGCGUGGAUAAAAGUGGUAUCCAACCUAUGGAAGGAAGCACAGCUGGCUCACGCUCACAGGUGAAAAAGCUGGCUCAUUUAUCUGGAAAUUUGAAUCCGUUAAGUGGAAAGGACAAGGAACUAGCUUAUGGACCAGUUGUACAGACUUCAAAGAAUACUCUUGAUCUACGAGGUAUGAGGGUGGAGGAAGCUUCUAAUGCUCUCAGUAUGGCUAUAGCAGCUAGGGAACCUCUCUCUGUCCUCUUUAUCAUACAUGGUAUGGGCACUGGAAUUCUAAAGGAAUGUGUAAUUGAGAUGCUGAAGAAACAUCCACGUAUUGAGAAGUUUGAACAAGAAAGUCCGAUGAACUAUGGCUGUACAGUUGCAUUUAUCAAAAGUAAAGUUGCGUACGUCCAAGCCUCUUAAGUAUUACUUGCCUCGAAGAAAUACUUGAUGGCAUUGGGGUAAAGUAACGUAUUGAGCCGUUUAUAUCAGAAAAUUUGGCAAUUCCUCUAGUCUUGGAUAUUAUUUUUCUUGGAUAAUGAUUGCAGCUUAUGAGAAGAAGGCUGAAAAAGCUCCAAACCUUUUGUUUUGGGUUCUGUUGACGUAAAGCACUCCUAGAAUAUUGCAGAAGCCGCUCAAUCAUCAUCAUUUGAUCAACAUUCACUACCUUCAAUGGAACUUUGAUGAAUUUGCCAAGAAUUUUCAGUCAGUCCUGGCGUGUGAAUGAGAAGAUACCUUCGUCAUCCGCCUCCAAAACCUCCACCCCGGACUUCUUCUCCAUAAAUUUCAUUCCUUGUGUUCUACACUCUUUCAACCACCUAUGUUGAUCGCUCAUCCUUCAGCACAACUGUUGGAAAUCAUAUGCCUCUCAGCUCUCCACGUCAGCUAUCCGUGUGCUCAAGCAAACAAUCCAUGUGCAUCAAUACGAAACACAAAAGUUAGUUAGGCUCUUGUAACCUACUUCUGUUGCUUGUAACAGAAAGUUGUUAGAUAUUGCUGUGUAUCUUAGUUCUUCUUUAGCUUCUGGAUGUUCUUGUAUAUAUACCCUCAUACAUGUAUUUGUUUCUUUCACCAAUUCUAUCAAUAAAAGAUUGCAUGAUUAAAGAUUGAAUUCAACAACCUUUGCUUUCUAAACCUCCUCCAUAAUCACCACUCCACAAGGAUCACAAACUUCUCCUCCAUAGCCUCCACUGCCCCAACCUUCACCCUCUUCACAACCUCCACCACCUCAACCUUCACCUCCUCCACUGCCAUUACUACCCCAACCUUUGCCAUUACUACCCCUACCUUCUCCCCUCCAUUGCUUCCACUACCCCAACACUGUUUCUGAUCUUGUUUUCUUCAGAGAUCUUUAUCAUUUGACUUGUCAGUUUAGUUCUCAGCAAAUAAUCUGGCAGCAGCGCAAUGAGACCGAGAUGAGGCAAGUGAUAACAUUAAUUAAGUAAGAUAAGCCCGUUUUGAUGGUGCAGCUUUCGGUUUAUUUUUUUAUGGACUUUUUAAGUCCUUAUAUAGUUGUAGGCGAGUUUAGAUUUUAAGCAUAGAUAAUGGUGUAUGGCCAUGUAUUCUUUCAGUUUCUUCUUAAAAAUAUUGAUUCAUGCUGUUUGGCUGCUUGCAUGGAGUUAGGAAAGCAUCCAGUUAUUUCUGUGCAAAUACCUAACUGCAGAACUGUAAAAUAAUCAUUCCCCUGGCAUGGUAUUUGUGUGCAAGCUAGGUACAUUUUUAGAUGGGAUACGAAAAUUUACGUUUGGUACUAUAUUCUAUAACUCACCAAAUGAGGGUAGAUAAUCACUUUUGGAUUUUUGUUGAGUGCUUAUACUUCAUAAUUCUGCUGUAUCCUUUUAUCAUCUUGAUCAUUAGAAUUUACAAUGUUUUAUUUAGUAUAGUAUACAUGAUAACAUUUAGUACAUUAAAUUGAUACUUUUCUACAUACUUGAUACUACAACCUUAAAAUUCCAAAUUUAUUCACUUGAUUCAUUGCUUAUCCCAGAUAUUUAUUACAGUCAUUAGUGAUGUUCUGCAUUUGUGGACGACCACUGAAAUCGAUCUAUUGGUUCAUGUAGCAAACCCUAAUAUUUGGGAUCAAGACUUUGGCAUUGUCGAGUGUUCUGCAUAUGUGCUGUGAGGAUACAUACUAUGCCCCAUUUGGUUACUUCCUGCUACAACAAAAGAUGGGAUAUGAAAAUCUGUACCACUUCCUGUAUUCAUCCCUCCUGCAAAAUUGCACUGUUUUCCACCUUCACAUUUUAUCGGCAAGCAUACUACCGGCCCUGCUUUACUGCGACUGUCGCACUCAGCCUUCGGACAGUCACAAUUACAGUUGCAGCUACAUGGUGCACCUUUGACAUGCUCUUUUUAAGGUUCAGGUUUUGGCACAGGGAAAGUCCAUGGCCCGGGCCAUACCGGUUUCGAUGCAUCUGCAACAGGAGUUGUGGGUUGGUUUUGUUGGAGCUGUGCUGUGGAAUGAUGCCUACACUGGCAGCUUAGCACAAGGAGAAUACUGAUUCUCAGUAGAGGAAAUAUGGUCCAUGAUCCCCAGUUUAUGUAUCUUGCCAUUGUAUUAACUAAUUUUAUUUGUGUGUUUAUAUAGAUAGUUUACGUAGGAGAUAAAUUUGGAGAUUAAAUUGAUUCUUUGUAUGAGUUUGCAACUAAUUAUAGCAAAUGAGCUUCUUUACUAGCUGCAUUCUUUUGCUUUCAACUUCCUUCUUUUUCUUUGUAAACUCUUUUUUGUAGUUCUUUACAAUGCCAAUGUGGGUUCUAAGGAAAAAAAGACUUCCCAAGUACGAGAAGACUUCAUUUAUUGCAUAUGAACAUUUUUUAUAUGAUUAAUAUUUAUCUACGACUUAGCACAUCAUCACAUGUU